AUGUCACGAGAAAAUACGGGCCGCAAUAAACCCAACUAUGCCCGACCCAUAUCUAGCCCUAAACAAGCACGCCAUUAUUUGGAGAAUGGUUUUAAACACGGUCGUUUCGAUUCUCCAUUUUUGUCGUUUCGAUGCCCUGAAGCCGCGCUCGUUUAUCGUACGAGAAGAGCGCUGCAAGCAAGCUCGGAGGCGAUGCUUAAGUGCAGAUUCCGAGUUCCAGUCUAUCAUCUAUUCACCGGUUAUAGUGGCUUUGUUUCAGCGAGGAAAACAGCGCUUCCUAUUACCUGCAUUCAGUCAAAAGGGUUUGAGAGCUUAAAGCGGUCAUUGCAUACUUCAACAGAUGAUGAUGAUUUUGCAGAAUUAGGCUUACCAGAGGAAAGGGUUGGAGGUAUUAUUCGGAAACUGAAGACGGGAAAGCCUGAGCAUUUUGUGAAAAUUGGUGGUGCUGAAAAGAAGUUAAAUGGGUCACAUUUUAAGGCAGACAGCCACCUUAACAUCAAGGAUGUGUCACAUAAAGUUGCAAAGUCUUCUGUUCCUUCUCUAGAUCUUCAGAACAAUAAUGACGAAAAAUCUAAUUUCAGAACUUCACAUUCUGUUACGAUUAAGAAUGUACCUUCUAUAAUCGACUGUCUCAAGUUGAAGAAAACAAUUUCAGUUUUUGGCAAGGUGUCAAAGUUUUCCAAAAGGUCAGUUCCAAACGGACUUGAUUGUUGUGACAUUGAAUUUAAGCUUGAGAAGUCAAGAAAGGAAGCAUUAUCAAUGGGCUAUGUAACAGUGAAGGAAGUCUCUCUCCUAAUAUGGCCACUGCAGUCUUCGGAAACUGUUAUAAUUAGAAUUAGGAACAUCAGCUUAGAGACUGCAGAAUCAGCAAUACACUUUACAUGCAAAUCAUGUGGUCUUUUCGAGGGUCUUGUGAAGUUGAAAGAGGAUGUUGUGGAUGCCUCAUUUAGAGUGAAUGGUGAGACAGACACAAAGACCAUACUUAAAAAAUUGAACUCUAUAGUCAUGGAUGAGUCCAAAUGGUCAGCCCGUUUACAAGAUGGUGAGUCUCCCUCAAUGGCAAUGACCGAAAAUGGCAAUGCUGAAGAUGAUGACUUGGCGUUUAAAAUUGGUGGACAUUUUACUUACUGGGAAAGGGAAAUACGGAUGAAGAAGAUUUGUGUCAACGACCUGCAGCUUCUGCAUCAUAGCUUGCUUCACCUUGAAGAUCACCCUCUGAAGGCAGAUGCUAGCUUUCCGCCAUCAAAAGAAUCUGAGUAGAAAAAAUA